GUGGCACCUUGGCCGAGUUCAUCCACAAGCGGGGCAACUCCCUCCUGGACGAGGAGACCAUCCUGCACUUCUUCGUGCAGAUCCUGCUGGCCCUGCACCACGUCCACGCCAAGCAGAUCCUGCACCGGGACCUCAAGACCCAGAACAUCCUGCUGGACAAGCACCACACCACCCUCAAGAUCGGGGACUUCGGCAUCUCCAAGAUCCUGAGCAGCAAGAGCAAGGCCUACACCGUGGUGGGCACCCCGUGCUACAUCUCCCCGGAGCUGUGCGAAGGGAAGCCCUACAACCAGAAGAGCGACAUCUGGGCCCUGGGCUGCGUCCUCUACGAACUGGCCAGCCUGAAGAGGGCCUUCGAGGCAGCC